CUCAGCGCGAACAACCUGUUUAUGGAUUUCCCUAAACCUUGGACCAUUUGGCGGUUACGAUUUUAAUAUUACUCCCAAACUAACUGUUUUAAGUCCGACCUACCUCAUGAAAUACGUUUCAGCACAUUAGGGUUAUCUUUCCGGUGCCCUAUGUCCCCGACAUCCAGGGAGCCCUGCAGCUCCCUAAACUACACCUACAAUGCUCAACCUUGAAAACCAGCCCCCUGUUUCUCGCCGUUUCGUAAAUACACCCUCCUCUUCGACUGCUGGAGAUACUCCGUCAACGAGCUCCUCCACCUCUUCGAACUCCCAGUUGACACCAGAAGAUGAAAUUUCGGGCUCAAUAUUAGCAGAUACCCCGUCAUCCCCUAAUUGGGGGCAGCAGCCUCCUGAACUAGGGAGACUUCAAACCAAUUUCAAUGGCGACGGGCAUAAUGAAAACUUAGCAGAGCCCCGAGAAUUAGCGCAUGAUGCAUACGGGAGCGAGCUGAGCGAUAAUGGCGGACCUUACAUCUCUCCGAAAGGAACGGAAGAAUACGACUACAUAGAGGAGCCUGUUUCCUCAAAGAUAUAUACUGCCGACGAAGAGAGGCGCAUCGUCAGGAAGUUUGAUCUGCGAUUGACCAUGUUUAUGGCGUUGUUAUAUAUGCUGUCCUUCAUUGAUCGAUCAAACAUCGGGAAUGCCAGGAUCGCGGGAAUGGAAAGAGAUCUCAAACUCACGUCCUCGCAAUUCGAAUGGGUUCUCACGGCGUUUUACAUCACAUAUAUUUGUUUUGAAUGGAUGACGCUUAUGUAUACAGUCGUCCCUGCACAUAUCUAUAUUUCUAUAUGCUGCUUCUCCUGGGGCCUUCUUGCCGCAUGUCAAUCUCUCGUCUCCUCAUUUUGGCCCCUUGUGCUUCUCAGGGCGCUCCUCGGUGUUACUGAAGCGGCCUUUGGGCCAGGUGUUCCGUUCUUUCUGUCCUUUUUCUAUAAGCGCGAGGAGCUGGCUUAUCGCACAGGGAUGUUUAUAUCCGCUGCUCCGCUCGCAACCUCCUUCGCCAGCGCCCUUGCAUGGGCGAUUGUGAAGCUAAGUGAAGAUGGACCCAUCGCACCAUGGCGCGCAUUGUUACUCUUCGAAGGGUUCCCAAGUGUAAUUGUUGCUGUAUUUGCGUGGAUUUACGUCCCUGAUAGCCCUGGUAAAUCCCGGUAUCUCACGCCUCGAGAGAGGAAAGUUGCACAGCUACGCUUGAAAAUCAACGAUGGCAUGCGUCAUAGGGAUAAAUCUCGUAAGCGACGGUUUGAAUGGAGUGAGAUCGGCCGAACACUUCGCGACCCCAAGGCGUAUCUCACUGCGCUUAUGUUCUUCAGCUGCAAUGUCGCUUUCAGCUCAUUGCCAGUCUACCUCCCCACAAUUCUAAAAGACAUGGGCUACUCUGCCAUCACCUCCCAAGCCCUAUCCGCCCCACCGUACAUAUUCUCAUUUCUAAUCGUCCUCCUCACCGCCUCCCUCUCUGACCGCCACGGUACCCGCAGCCCCUAUAUAAUAACCCACGCCCUCCUCAGCUCCGCUGCCUACCUAACCAUCGCCUUAGCAGGCCACUUCCACACCCAUCUCUCCUCCACUCUCCAAAUCCUCAUUCGAUACAUAGCCAUCUACCCCGCCGCAGCGGGCUUCUUCUCGUCCAUCACCAUAAUCAUCACCUGGACGAUGGACAACCAGCCCGCGAAAGAAGGUAAGGGAACCGGCAUGGCGAUCCUGAAUAUCAUCGGCCAGUGCGGCCCACUCGUUGGGACAAGAUUGUAUCCACGGACUGAUGGCCCGUGGUAUGUACGUGGUAUGGCCGUUUGUGCUCUGUUUAUGCUUUUGGUGGCGGCGUUGGCGCUCGUGCUGAGAGUGCUUUUGCAGAGGGAGAGUGAGAGGGUGUUAAAGGGUGUGGGCGCGGCGGGCGUAGAUGAGAUUGAGAUGGUUGAAGGGGAGGCUGCCGGGCUGAUGGGCCGUGUCUCUGGCUCUGGCUCUGGCUCUGGCUCUGGCUCGGGUUCGGGUUUGGGCUCGGGCUCAGCGGGCUUGUCGAUGAAUGGAAGGGAGAAAGGUGCUGGUGACGGGGGAUUCACAUAUAUUAUUUGAUCUUCCCAGGUCUCUGCUCUAUAUUUUUGACUAUUUGCGUUGUCCGAUUAGGGCUAGUGAACAAUUGUUUGUGGAAUAUACGCUUGGAGAUUCGAUUUUAGAUUCGCGCCAGUAACUAUCUAACAACCCAGUAACCUCUAAUGUUGAUAACUUUCAAAUCUACCAAACUUCGCGUGAAAUGCACAGCAAGCCCAAGGUGGGGUGGAUAGCGUAGUGGUAAAAGCGCUGUCCAUGGAAGGACCAUGGUAAGCAGGAACUGGCUAUGGGGGAUGGCUCUUCCGAGAUGUCAGGGUUGCAGGUUUGAAUCCUGCCUCCCUCACAAGGUGAUUUUACCAUGAUCUAUUGAUUACAUCCACACAAUCUGGGGCCAGUUCUUGACUACAGAGAGUUAAUUAAUAGAUUAGGAGGAAAUGAUUUUCACUAUAUAUAUAUAAUCAAUGGACAGAAU